AUGUAUAUGUAUAAUAAAAAUUUGUUAAAAAUAUACAUUACGUUGGUGGUAUCUAUCACAACUACCGCUGCAUCUUUAACAAAUACACCAACAGGACUCACUUCAAACCCAACUUGGCCUCAACUUGAUGUACCACCACCAGCGGUUGCUGCUUGGACUGCUUUAGUUGAUAAAUCAAAAUAUCCUCCAGCCCCUAAAAAUCUAGUCGGAUACGCCUGUCAACCAGGCGUUGACACUUAUUAUUGGGGUUUAACCUAUGAUGAUGGCCCUUCAAAUAAUACGAUAGGAAUUCUAGAUCAUCUCAACAAAACUAAUCAAAAAGCAACAUUUUUCGUUAUCGGUUCUCGUGUUGUCGAAUAUCCUGAAAUCCUACAACGAACUGUACGUGAAGGUCAUCAAAUUGGUGUACAUACAUGGUCACACCCUCAAUUAACUACAAUAACUGAUGAGCAAAUUAUUGCAGAAUUAAAAUGGACUGAAUUAGCGAUUCAAAAAGCUGUAAAUUUAACUCCAAAAUUUAUGCGUCCUCCACUAGGUGAUUGCGAUGAUAGAGUUAGAGGAAUUGCAACACAAUUAGGGUAUAAAGUUGCACUUUGGAAUCAUGAUACCUUUGAUUGGAAAUCAGCUGCCGAUCCUACUUAUGACUUAAAUUGGAUUACUGGCAAUUUCACCGAAUGGGCUGCAAAUAAAUCGGCAACUACUGGAACCAUAACUCUCGAACAUGAUUUAUAUAAUACUUCUGCAUCCAAAGCUCCUGCUGCUAUGGAUAUUGUAAAGAGCUAUGGUUUUACCUCUAGGCAGCUUUCAAAUUGUAUUCCGAAUAGUCCUCCUUAUGUAGAAAAUGUC